GAACGGUUGUUUGGGUUCUGAGUAAAGUCGGACCUUUCUAAAGCGACGCGCCAUGGCCGUGUUGAUGCCGAGAGGCGUUUUGUUGAGAAAACUGAGAGAUUUAGUGCGUGUGAUGCCCAGAAGAACACGAGUGAAGAAUAAAUGGGCUGUCACACGUCCCAAGUUCCCUCCCACCCAACUGGCCCUUCAGCAGUUUGAUGCCACCUACAGUGUACAGCUGGGGCCGCUGUGGCCAUCGGUCCGUUCUGCUUUGCUCUCUGAGAAGAAGUAUGGAGCGCUGCUGAACAACUUUUCUUAUGAAGAUGUUCUCUCACACCUUGAAGCUCAAGGAUGCAGAGACUUUAUCAGCGACACAGAGCCUGAGGCUCAGCCAUGUUUGGAAAGAGAGCCAGAAGGUGGUGAGGAAAUGGAAUCCACUGGUGCUUUGCUGAAGACCUCUGGCUUUGAUGAUUCCCAGCUGCCACCUCUUUGUCUUAGUCCUAACAUCAGGUGCUGUGUGUUUCCCAGAGGAAACAUCACAAGAUUCAAAAGUGCAAGACCAGAUAUGGGCGGGUUGUUGGGUUACUACCUAAUGGAUGCAGCCUCACUGUUACCUUGCCUUGCACUGGAUGUUAAAGAGGAUCACAGUGUGCUCGACCUCUGUGCUGCUCCUGGAGGCAAGAGCCUCGCUUUACUUCAGUCCCAGUCUCAUGGGUUUCUGUGUAUGAACGACUCUUCAGCUUCUCGGGUAUCACGACUGAGGAAUGUCCUCGAAAGCUACAUCCCAAAGCACUUAUUGACAGAAAACAGAUUGAGCAUCACCUGCUUUGAUGGCAUCACUUUGGGGGAAAAUGAAAGGAACUCCUUUGAUAGAGUCCUUGUCGAUGUUCCCUGUACCACAGACAGACAUUCACUGAUGGAGGAUGAAAACAACAUAUUCAGUAAGAGCAGAACCGGGGAGAGACGAACGCUGCCCCAGCUCCAGCUGGAGCUCCUGCUAGCAGGAAUCAAAGCAGCAUGUCCAGGGGGACAGAUCCUUUACUCCACUUGCACGGUGUCCAAAAUCCAGAACCAGACUGUGGUACAACGAGCUGUGCACUUGGCUCAAGAGCACGACAACAUCCAUGUUCAGGUUGUGAGCCUGCGACGCCUCACGCACAUGUUUAAGAAAACUUUUCACUUUGCUCCUGAUGUCCACCUGGGUGAGCUGGUCUUCCCACACCUAGCUGCUAACUUUGGACCCAUCUACAUGUGCAAACUGCAGAGACUAACUUAGACUUUGGACCGUGAGUCAGUUCCAGCCCAAAGCUGUGGGAGAUGUGUGAACACUUAAUGUUGGUACUCUUCACUUUCUGUCUGCAUGUCAGCAGAUGUCAUAUUGGAACUGGUGAAG